GCCUUCUGCAAAGUACUGAUUGACACUCUUGAGGGAACUCCUGGCCUACGUAAUGUUUGGAGUACGUUUCGGCCCCUAAUCCAAGGGAAGGUCCUUUACACCCCUGAUACACCUGCAACUAGACUAAUGGUGAAAGAGGUAAAGCAAAGGAGAAACUCAUAUUGUAUGCACACAUUAUGUCUGCCAGGGUUGGUGUCAAUUUGAAUUUAAGUCAGUCAAGUAGACUGAAAGAAAAUGGAUGUCUGCAAGACUGUGGAAUCUGUGUUCACAACACUCAAAACAGUGUGGGGGAUAUUGACUUUGGGUGUCUAUGUAAAUAGCUUGAAUAAUUAAAAAGUUUGCGAUUGUAUCUAAUUGCUUAUUUUCACUUCACGAAUCAUACCAAGACGGGGCAUUUAGGUUAGCUGGUAAAUAAAAACGUGAUGAUACACGCUGUGAACAUCUCUCCAGAAACCGAAAAGAAAGAGCCAGAGAGAGGAGAUAGAAAAUACACUCAGGGGAGAUUAUCUAUUUUUCAUGACGUUUCUCCCGAUAUUAACAUCAUUUUGAUAACUGCAUAAACAAACCAAACCAAUGGUGAGAAGCUGUAGGGAAUUGGAUUUGGAGAAUAUCCAGUAAGAUAUUGGAUGAGCGGAUCCACCGACUUCACAGCGAGCGGCUCGGUCUUGCCACAGGGGCCUGUCUUUACACCCGGCGCAGCCCAAUUGUUUACAUCUCAGUGCAAAUAACCCAGUUUACAUUCGUCACAAUGGUGAUAGGUGAAAAUACGAAGAAGCAGUGUGUUCUCAAGGUCAGAUUGGCUGCAAAAUAAAUGUGAUAGCACAGUGGGAAUGCCUUGAAAUGGAGGAGGGGUAGAGAUGGAAUUUUCCAUAUUUUAAUCACCACACUGUAUCUCUCUAUCUUGUUUCAGGCAAAUAGCACAUUCAACGCGUUGGCUAUGUUGAAAGAGCUGGCGGAAGCAUGGGAGGAUUUUGGACCACUUGUUUGGGACUACUUUCAAAAUGGCCCCCAAGUCAGUGCACUCAGGGUAAGAUUUAUGACUCCUUCAACAGAAACAUGGAAACCUGAUGUACUGCACUGGAGAGCUGGUUUACAUAUGCCAGAUGUUUAUUUUUAUUUUUUAUUUAACCUUUAUUUAACCAGGUAGGCCAGUUGAGAACAAGUUCUCAUUUACAACUGCGACCUGGCCAAGAUAAAGCAAAGCAGUGCGAUAAAAACAACAACAACACAGAGUUACACAUGGGAUAAACAAAACAGACAGUCAAUAACACAAUAGAAAAUCUAUAUACAGUGUGUCCAAAUGUAGUAAGUUAUUGAGGGAAGGCAAUAAAUAGGCCAUAGUGCAAAAUAAUUACAAUUUAGUUUUAACACUGGAGUGAUAGAUGUGCAGAAGAUGAUGUGCAAAUAGAGAUACUGGGGUGCAAAUUAGCAAAAUAAAUAACAAUAUGGGGAUGAGGUAGUUGGGUGGGCUAAUUACAGAUGGGCUGUGUACAGGUGCAGUGAUCGGUAAGCUGCUCUGACAACUGAUGCUUAAAGUUAAUGAGGGAGAUAAGCGUCUCCAGCUUCAGAGAUUUUUGCAGUUCGUUCCAGUCAUUGGCAGCAGAGAACUGGAAGGAAUGGCGGCCAAAGGAGGUGUUGGCUUUGGGGAUGACCAGUGAGAUAUACCUGCUGGAGUGCAUAUUAUGGGUGGGUGUUGCUAUGGUGACCAAUGAGCUAAGAUAAGGCAGGGAUUUGCCUAGCAGAGAUUUAUAGAUGACCUGGAGCCAGUGGGUUUGGCAAUGUUAGACAAGGCUGAGUGACUUGUCAUACAUGAGUAUCACUGUCUUAUCUAUGGUGAUUAUAUUUAAUGUCAAUGUAAGUGAGAAAAUUAAAAUAAGAGUUGGUUUUAUUAGUCAAAUCCAGAUGAAAAGAGCUUUAAUGUCAAUAUAAACUCAGCAAAAAAAGAAACGUCCCUUUUUCAAAAUCCUGUCUUUCAAAGAUAAUUCAUAAAAAUCCAAAUAACUUCACAGAUCUUCAUUGUAAAGGGUUUAACACUGUUUCCCAUGCUUGUUCAAUGAACCAUAAACAAUUAAUGAACAUGCACCUGUGGAACGGUCGUUAAGACACUAACAGCUUACAGACGGUAGGCAAUUAAGGUCACAGUUAUGAAAACUUAGGACCUUAAAGAGACCUUUCUACUGACUCUGAAAAAUACCAAAAGAAAGAUGCCCAGGGUCCCUGCUCAUCAGUGUGAACGUGCCUUAGGCAUGCUGCAAGGAGGCAUGAGGACUGCAGAUGUGGCCAGGGCAAUAAACAGUGCUCAGACUGUCCGCAAUAGGCUGAGAGAGGCUGGACUGAGGACUUGUAGGCCUGUUGUAAGGCAGGUCCUCACCAGACAUCACCGGCAACAACGUCGCCUAUGGGCACAAACCCACCGUCGCUGGACCAGACAGGACUUCUCUUCACUGACGAGUCGUGGUUUUGUCUCACCAGGGGUUAUGGUCGGAUUCGCGUUUAUUGUCGAACGACUGAGUGUUACACCGAGGCCUGUACUCUGGAGCGGGAUCGAUUUGGAUGUGGAGGGUCCGUCAUGGUCUGGGGCGGUGUGUCACAACAUCAUCGGACUGAUCUUGUUGUCAUUGCAGGCAAUCUCAACGCUGUGCGUUACAGGGAAGACAUCCUCCUCCGUCAUGUGGUACCCUUCCUGCAGGCUCAUCCUGACAUGACCCUCCAGCAUGACAAUGCCACCAGCCAUUCUGUGCGUGAUUUCCUGCCAGACAGAUAUGUCAGUGUUCUGCCAUGGCCAGCAAAGAGCCCGGCUCUCAAUCCCAUUGAGCACGUCUGGGACCUGUUGGAUCGGAGGUUGAGGGCUAGGGCCAUUCCCCCAGAAAUGUCUGGGAACUUGCAGGUGCCUUGAUGGAAGAGUGGGGUAACAUUAAGUGAUUGUAGUGGGCUACUACCGAAAGGCACCGAAAGGACUCUCAGACCAUGAGAAACAAGAUUGAACUAUUUGGCCUGAAUGCCAAGCAUCAAGUCUGGAGGAAACCUCGCACUACGUUGAAUCAUGGUGGUGGCAGCAUCAUGCUGUGGGGAUGGUUUUCAGCGGCAGGGACCCGGAGACUAGUCAGGAUCGAGGGAAAGAUGAACAGAGAAAAGUACAGAGAGAUCCUUGAUGAAAACCUGCUCCAGAGCGCUCAGGACCUCAGACUGGGGCGAAGGUUCACCUUCCAACAGGACAACGACCCUAAGCACACAGCAAAGACAAAGCAGGAGUGACUUUGGGACAGGUCUCUGAAUGUCCUUGAGUGGCCCAGCCAGAGCCCGGACUUAAACCCGAUUGAACAUUUCUGGAGAGACCUGAAAAUAGCUGUGCAGCAACGCUCCCCAUCCAACCUGACAGAGAUUGAGAGGAUCUGCAGAGAAGAACUGGAGAAACUACCCAAAUAUAGGUGUACCAAGCUUGUAGCUUCAUACCCAAGAAGACUCGAGGCUGUAAUCACUGCCAAAGGUGCUUCAACAAAGUACUAAGUAAAGGUUCUGAAUACUUAGGUAAAUGUAAUAUUUCAGUUUUUUAUUAUUAAUACAUUUAAUAUGCUUUGUCAUUCUUGGGUAUUGUGUGUAGAUUGAUGAGGGGGAAAAAAAACAAUUUAAUCCAUUCCAUUUUAGAAUAAGGCUGUAACGUAACGUAACAAAAUGUGGAAAAUGUCAAGGGUUCUCAAUACUUUCCAAAUGCGCUGUGUGUGGCUGCGUGUGAUCAGGGGUGUAUUCAUUCCGCCGAUUCUGUUGAAAAAAUAAUUCUUAAACGGAAGCAAAUGGAACAAAAUGGGGAUAAACAUACUUGAAUUUGUCCAAUAGAAACUCUUGUUUGCAACUGUUGGACUAAUGAUUACACCCUAGAUCAGCUAGAUUCAGGCAAGAGUGUGCAAGACGGUAUUGAAUGUGUCAUUUUCUGUCACCUUGAUUACUCACAUUUUUCUCUUAACCUGUGCACUUACAUUGAAAACUUUCAUUCAUAGGCUAGGUUGUAGCAACCUCAUGAUGGGUAUAGGGAACAUGUGAGUAUCAUGUAGUAGCCUAAACCUAUCGCUGUUACAUUGAACUUGGUGAAUGGAAUAUGAAUGACAGUCAUCCAAUAUGCUGUAAUAGAAAUAAGGCCAUCCUCAUAAAAAAAAUGAAUUGUCUUCCCUCAUCUUAAACUGCACCGCCCACCACUGAUAUACAUCAGUCAGAAUUAUCCUUGUCCAUUUGAAUUUUGAAUGACAUACACAAGCCAUUCCAUUAGGCAUAUUUACCAACCUUUAAAAAGCUACUUUUCUCACUUCAUAUCUCUCAAAAGUAGAGUCCUACAUUUCCUCCCACCAUAAUGUACCUAACAUUUUUAACACAAAUUCAGCUGAAGAAUAGAGCUACAUAUCAGGUUUAUCGAUAUGGAAAAAAAUAAAGUAAUUAUGGGUAAGUGCUGGAUAAUUUUCAACCCGGCAGUCAGGGAAGGGGAUUAACUUGGAAUGGAGAGAUGGAGAGCUCACACACCUUUCCCUUUCCCUUGAAGCUGACAUUACUCCCGUGUCACCUGAAAUGAGCUUAUGGGCAGCUAGGGAAGAGCGUAGCCGAGCACUCCAUGUAGCCAGGUUAUUCAUUAUCCUAGCCCUAACCUUUACACAAAUGGGCCCGGCAAUUCUCCUUUGUCUUCAUGUUCUCCCUCCGAGUUCUGUGGUGUCAUCUUCUCCAGAGGUCUCUCAAGGUUUUAGCAACUUUCUACAUUGAUGGCGGCAUUUACAGCACAGUUGAGUUAUCAGCCGAGCUGAAGAGAGAAAUCUCUUGAAUCCCAAAUAAACCCCUAGCCCCCACUGAAAGGAUCUAGGAGGUUUGGAUAGGUAUAAGCAAUAGGGUGACAAUUCCACCUCAUAGACUUAGAUAGAAAACUGUAGCGCCCAAAAGCCAUUUUAGCAUGAGAAGCGGCAUUGAGGACUUGCCCCAUUUUGAAGGCAGGUUGACGUUUAUUGUCAUGAGUCUUGUUCUGGAGGCAGAACUGAGUGAUUUCCGCUAAUGACUCAGCUUCAAGGUGAAUAUUGGCCACAUUGUAAAAAUUAAUUUAAGGUUAGGUAUUAGGGUUAGCAGUGUGGUUAAGGUUAGGGUUAAUGUUAGGGUUAGGGUUAGGUUUAAAAUCUGAUUGUAUGACUUUGUGGCUGAGCCAUCUAGUGCUCACUCUGCAGAGCUGCCUCCAGGGCAAGAUUAAUAACAAUAAAUGCCAAUAUGCAUUUUGAAGUAGUCAACUGGCUGUGACUUCCUAUUUGUUAAGGAAGGAUCACUUCAUUCCAUCCAGGUUAUCAGGAUCAGCCAAUUAAUUGUACUCAUGAGCAAACAUUCCAUAACUGCAAGUGGCAGUAUGCACCUUGUCUUUAUACCUGUUCAAACCACACAGUAUGCACCCUUUCAGUUUGUUUACCAACUCAUGGAAGUUGUGCAAGAAGGAAAUUGACUACUUCAAAAUGGAGAUGGCCUUCAUGGCGCUGCCUGUUUGCUCACAGAUGUCUUAGUGGGACAGAUACAAAGAAGAGUCCUCUGACUAUCUCUAUGUUCCACCUUGACUAUCAGAGGGCAAGAUGGUUUUACUACCAUUUUCCUUCUACCCGUUCAAUCCUCUAAGAUCUACGAUAGUGCAUAUGGGAGAGGGGAUAGCUUCGAUUUUAUGGAAUGGCUUGAAGGACCCAGAAAGCAGUAUUCUCAAACACUACUCCGUGUAAAAAUAAUUACUAGUGUUGCCAACAGGUAACCCUAUGGGUUUACAUCUAUUCAUAUAACAUUCUAUUACAGUAAAAGAGCGACUGAUAAUGAAUGGUUGGUUGCCAUUUACUAGAUGCCAAACCAGUGACCAGCGAGGAAAAUGUCAAGCAGGAAUUAUUAUUAGAAUGACCCUAUGUUGGAAAAUGGUAAGAGGUCUGGUUUGAGUUUUCAUUGGCCGUUUGCCGUGGGGAGCCCACCAUUUCCACCCUUUUUUAAAAGGCCAGGGAAAAUAUGGGGAAAACAGGGGAACAUGUAUUUUUUCGCUCGAAGACCUUCUCAUGUCGGAUAAUGUCAUUUGACACAUGUACAACGGGGUUAAACGGCAUAUCUGCAACGAUCCAUCCCAAAUGCCAGUGAACAUUAGGAGUAGUAGAACAUAUAUACCAUGUUUAGCCACGGACACAUUGGCAUUCUGUAUAAUCAAUUGAAUUUCAGUGACCCCUUUACAAAUAUUCUUAACUCUAAAGUAAAAACAGCGAGUUGUUUACAAUAUAUUUAUGUAUGUACAUCUUGAAACUAAAUUAAUUAUUCCACUCUUACUAUCACAGAUAGAUGGUUAAACCGCUGUUUCUAAAAGGUCAGGAGCAGCAUAGAGGUUUGACACUUUGACCCCAUGUUAAACAUCCUAAAGUGUUUACCUACAAAUGCCACUGAACACAUUGAUCAGAAUAUGUUUGAGAGAGAGAGAGAGAGAGAGAGAGAGAGAGAGAGAGAGAGAGAGAGAGAGAGAGAGAGAGAGAGAGAGAGAGAGAGAGAGAGAGAGAGAGAGAUUUCAGCCUGUUUUGACACACACUACAUUAUCAGCAGACCAUGUUCAGUUAUGCAAUACAUCAACACUAUUAUCGUGUUAUUACAUGAUUGCAAUUUCAUGGUUGCGAGCAUACUGUAUGCACCCUACAGAUCACACUGAGGGGAGCAGUCCCAGACAGAUGGAAAGACUGCAUCCCAAAUGGCACCCUAUCCCCUUUAUAUUGCACUACUUUUGAUCUGGGCCCAUAGGGAUCUGUUAAAAAAUAGUGUACCCUAUAAGGAAUAUGGUGCCAUUUGGGACGCGGUCAAUGUAUUUUAACCAACCCUGUACCAGGCAACCUGAGUAGAAAGCUAUUAUGUAAGGCCCCAAUUGUUCUACACUACAGGGAUGGGUGGCCAUUAUUUUUUGAAACUGCACACAUAGGGAGGCUGUAACAGCAAGGCCAUUCGCAUUUAGAUUAGCAUAUCUCUUCAUUAACUCUUUGAGUGCCGAGUCAAAUCAUGGAUCAUGGCAUGAGGCUUAAGCCAAGCUGACAGUUAAGACACCUGGUGCUUAUCGCACUGGGGGAGGAAGGAGGAAAGAGGCAGUCACAGGAAUCACACACUGUGUGUGUGUGUGAGUGUGUGUGUGUGAAUGUACGAUUGUGUGUGCACAUGCCUGAGUGCGUCUGCGUAUGUGCCUGCGACUCUACAUGUGUGAAUGUGCAUGGUCAUGAAAAAGGUGGGUGUAAAUUCCCCAAGCCUGCAGUACAACAGUGCCAUCUAGCUUAAUGUUUCUAAUUAAUUCUCUCACAGAGGAAGUCCUAAGGAUCUGCAGUGCUGCAGGUCUUCAAUUAGCUUCCACUGCAUUCAUUUCUCAGUGCAUUGAUUGUUUUAUAAUCUGAUGAGGGUAAAUGACCCACACAACUCCUUUUCUCUGGUUUUCAAAUCAGGCCUUCCUGGAUAACCCGGUGUUUGCAGCCGCACUCAACCAGCAGCUCAAAGGCACAAGAUGGACGGCAGAACUGCUCGCCAACUUCCUGUACAAUAGGCCCCCUGAGGAACACCCCGCGGGCAUGCCGUCGAAUGACUGGCGCAACGUGUUCAACGCCACCAGCCAAAUCCUGGACCUCCUGAAGAAGUUAAUUGCGGUUUGUUAGUUUUCUUGCUUCACAUUGUCAAAAGUGAUUUGAUACCUUUUUCCCCCUUUACAAAAUACACUGACAUUUUGGAGUGUGUGUAUGUAUCCUCCCACUGGGCACAGACGUCAAUUCAACAUUUAUUCCACUUUGGUUCAACGUAAUUCCAAUGAAAUGAGGUGGAAACAACGUUGAUUCAACCAGUGUGUGCCCAGUGGGCUAGCUCUAUUAUAUGAAUAAGAACUUUCAACACUGUGUGUACGUUCACAAAUAUAAUAUUUGCACUCUUCACCCCUAACAGCACAAGCUGUUGUUUGAUUGGGUGAAUAAAAAGCAAGAUUGCCAAUUGUUACAGUAUAUACAAAAGUACAUAUCAAUUGACAACCUUGACAAUAUUCAAAAAAAUGCCUAACAAUGUGUACUGCUGUGGUAAUAAAAAGGAUUGUUAUAAGCAUCCAAGGACACACAUUUCAGCUAACAUAACAACACAAGACACAGCACUGUCUCCACACAUAGGGGCAUGCAGACAGUUGGGUUGACAUUGACGUAUUGAUCCGUAAGGUGGUUUGCAGCAAUACACUCCUUUCCCUGCUGCUAUGUGGCCACACGUGUAGACUACAGACAUUUUAUCAUCUCCCUCAUUGCUAAUACCUGGGAGAUGACAUCUAUGCCUCCUGGGGUUUAGCCACGUGGCAAAAUAAUUCCAAAAGUAAUGCAAUCCAUUUUCAUUCCUGAAGGAAUUCCAUAUCUCAAAAUGGACGUCGGGAUUAUGUUUACUAGUCAAUAAUUUACCUUUUCCUUGUUGCAUAGGCUCAACGCAUGCUGAGCGUGGACAGGGUGGAGAAAAUGUGAAAUGUGCUCUCUCUCUCCCCGCACUCUUACGUUUGCUCUCUCCUUCUCUCUCUUUCUCUCUCCCCCGCUCUCUCAUGUUCGCUCUUUCUCUCUCACCCCUCUCUCUCCCUUUCUGUCUCACUCUCCCCCUCUCUCUCCCCCUCCCCAUCUCUCUCCCCCUCCCCCUCUCUCUCCCCCCGCUCUCUUACGUUUGCUCUCUCUCUCCCUCUCUCUCUCUCUCUCUCUCUCUCUCUCUCUCUCUCUCUCUCUCUCUCUCUCUCUCACUGUCUCUCCCAUUUGAAUUUCUCUCAUGGUAUAUAAAACGUAAUCAGUAUAUUAAUCAAAGGUUCAUGUAGUCAAUACAUGUCAAGUUGAGGAAACAUGGCAAAAUUGAACUAUAAAUCAACAUUUCUGGUCUUUCAGGUCCUUCAAAUUCAAGAAGACAUAUGACUAGUAAUACAACAUUGAUUAUUUUUAGUUUUUGAAAAUGAAAUGCCAAAUUGGAUGUACUCCUUACAUCCACAGAAUUUACUAAUCCACUAUUAAUACACUUGAAACAAAUUGUAGCUAAUCAUUGAUGAUAUCGACCAGCGAAAACGUUUGGUUGUGAAAGAUGUUGAAUGGGUGCUUACAUAAGCUAUUUCCUGAAGUGGUCCAUAGAUAGAUGAAUUUAAGUGAGUAGAGACACUUGAUUUAUACUCUGUUAUCAUCUAUAAUGCAGAAUGCUAGUCCUCCCCCAGCAAAUAUGCUGGCACAUGGCUAAAAACAUAUACAAUAUAUAAAUAUACACUGAGUGUACAAAAAAUUUUGAACACCUGCUCUUUCCAUGAAAUACAGUGCCUUCACAAAGUAUUCAGACCCCUUGACUUAGUCCACAUUUGGUUGUGUUACAGUAUGAAUUCAAAAUUGAUUAAAUCGAUUGUUUUCUCACCCAUUUACAAACAAUACCCCAUAAUGACAAAGUGAAAACAUGUUUUAGAAAAUGUUACAUUUUUAUUGAAAUACAGACUCACACUCCUGAGUCAAUAUAUGUUACAAUCACCUUUGGCAGCGAUUACAGCUGUGAGUCUUUCUGGGUAAGUCUCUAAGAGAUUUGCACAUCUGGAUUGUACAAUAUUUCCCAUUAUUAUUCAUUAUACUCCAAACAUAAUGAUGGUCAUUUUGGCCAAACAGUCCUAUUUUUGUUUAAUAAGACAUUUUUCCAAAAAGUACGAUCUUUGUCCCCAUGUGCAGUUGCAAACCGUAGUCUGGCUUUUUUAUGGCGGUUUUGGAGCAGUGGCUUCUUCCUUGCUGAGCGGCCUUUCAGGUUAUGUCGAUAUAGGACUCGUUUUACCGUGGAUAUAGAUACUUUUGUACCUGUUUCCUCCAGCAUCUUCACAAGGUCCCUUUGCUGUUGUUCUGGGAUUGAUUUGACACACCAAUGUACGUUCAUCUCUAGGAGACAGAACGCGUCUCCUACCUGAGCGGUAUGAUGGCUUGCUGGUCCAAUGGUGUUUAAACUUGCGUACUAUUGUUUGUACAGAUGAACGUGGUACCUUCAGGCAUUUGGAAAUUGCUCCCAAAGACUUGUGGAGGUCUACAAUUUUCUUUCUGAGGUCUUGGCUGAUUUCUUUUGAUUUUCCCAUGAUGUCAAGCAAAUAGGCACUGAGUUUGAAGGUAGGCCUUGAAAUACAUCCACAGGUACACCUCCAAUUGCCUAAAAUGAUGUCAAUUAGCCUCAAUUAGACAUCAUUUUCUGGAAUUUUCCAAGCUGUUUAAAGGCACCAUCAACUUAGUGUAUGUAAACUUCUGACCCACUGGAAUUGUGAUACAGUGAAUUAUAAGUGAAAUAAUCUGUCUAUAAACAAUUGUUGGAAAAAUUACUUGUGUCAUGCACAAAGUAGAUGUCCUAACCGACUUGCCAAAACUAUAGUUUGUUAACAAGAAAUUUGUGGAGUGGUUGAAAAAUUAGUUUUAAUGACUCCAACCUAAGUGUAUGUAAACUUCCGACUUCAACUGUUUAUAAUCCUACAUAAUGCAUUGCGAGGAAACCAAUGCAUUAAAACUCUUUCCGGCAGUCAAAUAACCUAGUGGCAUCACCGUUGGAAUGUUAUUAAUAUUUUUCAUAAUUAAUAAACUUUUUUUUUUUAAACGCUGAAAAUCCGGUGUUUCUAUGUCAAAAAGUUUUGUUAUAUUUCAGGCUUCUGUGAUGUAUAAAAUGUGUAAUAUUUGGAUGCAAACUCAAAAUGUAAUACAUUUCAAACUCUAUAUCUGACAUGGUACAGGUGUCUUCUUUUUGUAUGCCUAUAACCAUGUGUGUGAGGUGUAUACUUUUGUUUCAAAGUAGAUUUGUUUAAGACUACCAAGAAACACUCUGUGUGACCCUGAUUUAGCCCACUGCAGCAAAAGGCGAAACAAACCUGACUUUUCUCUACAUACAGGGCAGGCACAAACUGCCCAAGAAUCAUAUCAUGUCAUGUACUGCAUAACGUACAGCCAUAAAUGUAACAUGCUGAAUUUGGACACUCAAUAACAACAUAUGCAAUUAUAUGCUGUCUGUGAAUAUGGUAAAGGAGCUUCUUUAUUGAGAGAAAGUACCAUAACAAGCCCUUGUGGUGGAGGUAUGUGUGGACAGCUGUCAAGCCAGACUCACACCCCAGAUGGCUAGCUCAUUACAGUCCAUUGGAAACAAGGAUAAAGCGAGUACCAGCCAGCUACCAAAUCUGUAUCUCAGUAUGCCUCUGCCGUACUCCAUAACAUAUCCCUUGGCAGCUCUGCAUCAUUUGUAACUCUGCUGUUGUCCAGUCUAUUGUUUUCAGUGUCAGUACCAAAACAUAUUUUUCUACUGCACCAUUCCUCAGGCAUGUCUUAUAGUGUGGUUUCUGUUCAUCGCUUCUUUUGGACCGUGGUAUUGCAGAAAGGCUAUUUUCACUUUUUAUUUUAUUAUUGUCUUUUAGUGAGAAGCAUUAAUGCAAAUAUGGUACGAAUAAGCAAUAAGGACCGAGGGGGUGUGGUAUAUGGCAAAUAUACCACGGCUAAGGGCUGUUCUUAAGCACGAUACAGCCCUUAGCCGUGGCAUAUUGGCCAUAUACUGUACCACAAACCCUGAGGUGCCUUAUUGCUAUUAUAAACUGGUUACCAACGUAAUUAGAGUCAAACUCGUGGUAUGCGGUCUCGUCUGAUAUACCAUGGCUGUCAGCCAAUUAGCAUUCAGGACUUGACCUAUCCAGUUUAUAAUCAUGUUUACAUGUCUAAAUCUUACUGUCUGUGUAGGAGAAAAAUAUUGUGUAUGAUAUUGCAGAAGACCUAACAUAAGUUUGUAUGCACUAUGCACUGAGGCCCAAACUUGAGAUCUGCACGCUCAACUCAGGUUUAAAUCGAGUUACAAAUCAUGUAAUUUCAAACAUUGUGUACAACAAUCUACCCAAGGUACUCGGAUGUUGAAUGCAGUUGACUAUUGUUGCUAUGAUACAUAAUGGUGAGUUGAAAUGAGUUGAGUGUUGAGUGAAGGACAUUUAGAUUAGAUAGAUUAGAUCAGUUUAUUAGUCACAUGCACAGGGUCACAGAUGUAAUCGCAGGGUACAGUGACAUUUUGAUGCUUCUAGCUCCAACAGUGCAGGUCAAAUGUGGCCGGUGACACUUCCCUUCUUGAAAGCCCAAUAUCUUGACAAUUUGACUGCUGACACGCAAAACAUUAUGGGGCUGUAUGAACAGUGGACUAAUGAAAAGAAUACCAAAAGAUAGUUUGAGUGGAGUUUUCCUUUAAGUUUAGUUUCUAAAGGUAAUGGGACUCUAUUGAGUUCAGUAGGGCUACUACAUAUUACUAAAAUUAUAUGAUUCUACUCUUUCAACCGUGCAAAGACAUUUCAGCAGGUCUUUGAUGGACAGUACAGCUGGCCUUGAAGUCUCCAGCUUUCAGAGUUGUUGGAAAGAUGGGGAGAUGCGGAGAGUGGGCGUAAUGGUUUUGGACAUGUUCUUUCUGUGUAAUAUCUAUGAAACACCUAGGGCUGGAAUUGGUUAGCAACAAGAGGGAACCUUUAAAGGAAUGGGGUUCCCAAAGUGACAUUUUCAGUAAGAUCUGUAUCCUGAGAUGAAUGCAUAUAUAAAGCACUCUCAUCUCUCAGCUUAUAUUAAAAGCAUGAUCUUGUGUAAGACCCCUAGCAGUUUGUAAAGAAUUAAAAUAAGUAAACUUAUUUUCUCUCUUUCUUGGUGUAACUUGCCUUUCCAUGUUACAGUGCCUCGACCUGAAUAAGUUUGAGGCUGCCGACAGUGAGGGACAUCUCGAGGCUAGGGCCUUGGAGCUUCUAGAAAACGAUACGUACUGGGCCGGUAUAGUUUUCGAAGACCUCGACCCUGACGCCAGCCACCCCCCUCCUUACGUCAAGUACAAGAUCCGCAUGGACAUCGAUGAGGGGGAGCGUACCAAUAAGAUUAAAGAAAGGUAGGCCCAGUGCACAGACUCUCCGCUGUCAACCUGUUCUGUUUUAGUGCUAAUGAGAAAACAUUGGGCAACAGGGCCCGUAUUCAUAAAGCGUCUCAGAGGAGUGCUGAUCUAGGAUCAGGUCCCCCACGUCCAUGUAAUGUUAUUCAAUAUGACCUAAAAGGUUAAACAUAUCCUAGAUCAGCACUCCUGCUGUGAGACACUUUAUGAAUACAAGCCAUGAUGUUGCUUAGCCUGUUGUUUUUUAUUAACUGACGUCAACUUUUACCAGACAAUUGAAGUAUCUAAAGCAAAUAGACAUGUUCUUGCGUCAUUUCUCAGAUGAUUAAUAUUAAGCAUUCAGUGUCAAUAAAUUGAUGAUUCCAUGUCACUCAUGGGACAAAUGUCACUACAAAAAAUAUAUAUAUUUUGGUGUAACAUUUAACUGUUUCAUCCAUGAUGUUUUCAGCCCCGGCUGUCUCUUAAACACUGACAGUCAUGUGACGUGUGUCCUUUCAAUUUAAAGGGGAUGGUCUCCCGGGGCCCGUGACAACUCCUUUAACGACCUGCGCUAUAUAUGGGGAGGCUUCGCCUAUCUGCAGGACAUGAUGGACCACAGCAUUAUACGGGUGCACACAAACAAAUCACAGCCGCUCGGCGUGUUUGCCCAGCAAAUGCCGUAUCCUUGCUACGUGGACGACGUGUGAGUACAAAAGCUUUUAUCUGUCUGGCCUGUGAUUAGAGAGGGAAGAAGGCAUUACCGCAAUAAAAAUCUACCUACUCUGGGACAUGCCACUCAUCGCCACCACAGGCUUGCGUAAUGGGCUUAUCAGUCACUAAGCCCGCACAAAUUUCCCUGUGGAAAUGUUUUUUCGAAGCUACAUUGUAUCUCUUCUUUUGUCUUUCAUUGCUCGCUACUGCUGUCUGGUGCAACCACAACUCAGGAAAACAUAGAGGAGAGAAGUGUUAAUAUAAAAAUUUGAACAUGAAGGUUUGAGGCCCGUCAGGAGUUUUGAAUCAUGAAUUGUGGCUAAACUGAGGAAAAACAAGAUGGAGAGACAACAAGACAGAGCAGAAGAAGUCUGAGCUAUUGAUUUAGUCAGACCACAGGCAGUCCAAGUCUUGAGCAUUAUAGACCCGGGCCUGUUUUCCAAAAAGCAUCCUAAGGCUAAGUUCCUUGUUAGACCCUUCGUAGGAGCAUCGUUAAAUCUCAGAGCUGUUUCCCCAAACCAUUGUUACUAAAGUUGCAGUUGAAAAGGUUUCUUAUUUAACGACAGCCUAGGACCACUCGUAGAACAGCUACUGUAAUUGUGUCAUUAGAUUUUUUUUUUGCCCUUCCCCGUCACUUUAUACUCAGAAAAUCUCAGCUAAACACAAAAUCAAUAUGUUUCUGUCUUUUUGUGACCGCUGAUAACUUCAGAACGAAUGUGAUUAUAAAUACAAAGUUGCCAAUGUCUUUGCAAUUGUUACAAACAAGCAAAGUAUAAGAUGCUUCAAAUGAAAACCGAGAUGACUGUAUUAGAAGAUAAAUACAGUAGGAUACAUAUAACAAUAUAUUUCAAUGAUAUUGAAAUCAAUUUCUUGUUCAGUCAAUUGAAUUUUAUUUAGCUAUUUGUACGCUGUGUAAUUUCUGCCUCCAUACAUUUCAUGUUUAGCCUACAUGUGCGCAAUGUCUCAAAUCUUGAUUUAGUGCAUUAUUAUAGGGUAAGCAUUAGAAUAAGCCGCCUCAAUAUUUGUAGCCAUAGGUGAUCAUAUUUCAUAGGAGCUGAUCCGUCGUCAGUAUUGUGGAAUAAUUCUAAUGUUAAGGUAAGAUUUGAAAGGGAGAACGCUGAUCCGAGAGCAGCUUUGUCUUUCUUUCGAUCCUAUCAGUAUAGACAUGCCUCAACAAUGCACUUAGCAAACGUUCUCUCUGCAUGGUGUUUUGGGAAAUUAAUGUUACAUCUUCGGUCGUUGUAGGAAAGAUGUAUCGUUAAAACACUCAUAAGCUUAUGUUCCAUCACUAUCAGGAAACAGGGCCCUGAAUGCUUGAUGUAUCUUUAAAUUAUUCAGGAUACAUUCUUAUGGUCCCUCCCUUUCAUUCAAUAUUACUUUUCCUCCUUGAGAAAGUACCCAAUUCCCUUAUGAAGCCGCACACAAAGUACAUAAUAUGUAGAGAUUGAUAGGGACCAUUCUAUUCUGUGUGAAUCAGGCAUUCAUUAGUGUUACUGUUUUAUAUCACAAUACAUAUCUGUAUUUUGAGAGAGAGAAUGCACUAUAGCGCUCAAUCUUAGUCAGCUAAGCUUUCCUCAGAGGAAAUUACUUCCAUCUACAUGGAUUUAUCAUGUAGCUCAAUGAUGUCAUCGGGGGACAGAUAAUUACAAAGUCCACCUAGCAAAACAUUAAGAACACGUUCUUAAUAUUGAGUUGGACCCAGCCCUUUUGCCCUCAGAACAGCCUCAAUUCAUCGGGGCAUGGACUCUACAAGGUGUCGAAAGCGUUCCACAUGGAUGCUGGCCAAUGUUGACUCCAAUGCUUCCCACAGUUGUGUCAAGUUGGCUGGAUGUCCUUUGGGUGGUGGACCAUUCUUGAUACACACAGGAAACUGUUGAGCAUGAAAAACCCAGCAGCGUUGCAGUUCUUGACACAAACCAGUGCGUUUGGCACCGACUACUAUAACCUGUUCAAAGGCACUUCAAUCUUUUGUCUUGCCCAUUCACCCUCUGAAACGCACACAGAAACAAUCCAUGUCUCAAUUGUCUCCAUGCUUAAAAAUCCUUCUUUAACCUGUCUCCUCCCCUUCAUCUAGACUGAUUGAAGUGGAUUUAACAAGUGACAUCAAUACGGGAUCAUAGCUUUCACCUGGAUUCACCUGGUCAAUCAAUGUCAUGGAAAGAGUUCCUAAUGUUUUGGACACUUAGUGUAUGUGUCCCAAUUGACAUACUAUUCUCUACAGUGCACUACUUUUGACCGGAGACCUACGAGCCCUGGUCAAAAGUAGUGCACUAAAUAGUGACUAGGGUGCCAUUUGCAAUGCAGACAACAUUUUUCAGGAGAUAGACACAGAGAUUUCCCGCAUUAGAAAUCAUUGUCCCUAAGACCAACGAUUUCAUAAAAAAGGUGAUAUACGGCACCAGAGCAUAUAGCCUAACAACCCUCAUAGGAACAUACCCUUAUUCUGAUACAGUAGUAUGGCCAGGGCUAGAGAGAGUGGGGACAAAAGGCAUGAGGUGAGGAUGGUACGGUUGUAGAUCAGACCUGGGUUCAAAUAGUAUUUGCUUUCUGUCAGAUACUUUCGCUGCAAUUGAUUGAGCGUGCCUGGAACAAUGGAACCAAUAUAAUAGCCCCGUAAGUGCAAACUCUGUCCACGUGGUAGCCUGAGAACUAAAGGAAACGAAUGAUGAACCUGCGUAUGUUUUUAGAUGCAGUAGGCCUAGUGUUGCUGGUGGCAUUGAUUAGAGCACAUAUAUUUCUAAUACUUUAUUUGUGCUUUAUCGAGCUUGCCUGAUUCAAUGUAACCCCUGGAAUAGUCCCAAAAGUGUGAAUCCCACCCAUAUGGCACUCCAGGUAGGCUCAAUCAAGCUCAAAGUAUUCAUGCCAAAUCGCUCAGUCAAUUGCAGCGAAAGUAUCUGACAGAAAGCAAAUACUAUUUGAACCCAGGUCUGGUUAGAAAUGUGUUCUUUUUAAUGAUGGUGAGUUACUCCAUAUGGUUGCCUUGGAAACAUAUGGUUAAAGACAACAUCAGUGCUAGUCAGACAGCAAGCACAUUGGCAGAGUCGGUAAUGUCUUUAUUGAUUUGGCAUCAACAUCUGGACUAGCAAUUGGAUCUCAAUGAAAAACGUAUCUCUCUUUAGCCGAUAAUCAGCUUGAUUGGUAGCACAAACCACAUAACAUUCUGUUAAAUCUUCAAAAAAGGACCUUGAUUGAAUAUAGGGCCUACUACUAGGCUUAAACUAUGAACAAGGUAUUAUACAACCAACAUAGUAAAUGUAUUAGCUAUUUGCAAAAAUCUAAUCUAUCUGAAUACUUGGAAAUGAAGGUUAAAAAAACAGACAUAACAGCUGUGUUACCUGUGGUGCCUUUAUGACAGUCGUUACUUGCUGAAUAUCAAAAUGGAUGCAGCCCACUUAACGGUUUCUGAGUAUUAGCUCAUUUCAACAAGCACAGAUAUUACAGAGGUGGUUUGGUGAACCACAUUUGUGUGAUGAUUAAUCUUGACUGAGACCUGAUGCUCUAAUACCUUGGUUUUAGCUCAGAGGGCUAACACAAUCUUAUAGCGAAGACCUGGGUUCAAAUCCCAGUUGGUCUCAAAGACACUAUGGUAACACACAUAUCCAUUGUGCUUUGCUGUAGGCCUGUAUUUUUUUGAAUGGUCCCCUCACCCUCUCUCACGGCACAAUGAAAACCAUCCAUUUUAUGUUCAUUAUUUGCCAGCGAAUGUUGCAAACGAGCUCAAAUGAGACAAUCAAAGCGCUUAUGUCCUAAUGCCGCCCUCCUGCCUGGGUUCCCUCUCCGUGAAACAAAGGAAUAAUAAUCACUGAAGAUGAAUGGGGGCCAUAAAGCACUACAAAACCCCUGGUCCCUCCGCCAUUUACUCUUUUGCCUGCCUAGCCAUGUGGGCUUUUCCGUAAAUUAUUAACACUUGAAAACCGUUAUUUCAUUCAUAAAUAAUUGAGAGUGGGAUUGCAGAAAAAAGGAAGAUGCACUAAGAUGCAGGGAAGCAUGAGAGAAAGGACCUUCCGGGGUAAUUAUUGUGAUCUCAAAAUGUGUUGCCGUAGCUGCAGCCAAAGGUAGGAAGAAGAGCAUUGUGCAUUCAGAUGUUCCUGUUUUUAAUCUACUAUAACCAUUUUUCAGUUUAGAAAAGACCAGAAUGCCUAAUCUGACUUUAAAAUGCAAUUUAAAAAGCAGAGAAUUCUCAGAUACUUUUACACAACUCAUUAACAAUUGAAAGGAUGUGCACUUUACCUUGGCAGAGCGAAGCAAAUAAAAUAUAUGGAUUAAGGUUCUAAAUUAUAUACGCUUGACACAGUAAUGUAAAGUGCUUUAUUAAAGCUUUAGUCCAUGUAAUGCCCUUGUUUGAGUUGAUAAUAACACACUUUCACGUUAACUGCAUAUAUUAGAUGCAAAUAGCAGCCCAAAGGUGCUUUUAUGAACAGUACUUGCAAUAUUUAUUUGAUUUAUCAUGCAUUGUUCCAUUUUUCACAUUAUAGAGGACCAGCCUUGCACUUUCCUUUAAACAUCGAGCUAUGCACUUCAAUCAUUGCAGCUCUUUCUCAGGGAUACUCUUAAUCAGAAGAGUACAUUCCGAUUGGACACACCACUUCAUUUCAACGUGGACAAUUGAGUAAUAUUUGGUUGGCAUGUUGAUCAAUGAGAUUAGAUUAUUCACUCACUCAAAAGUUCCCUAUGUGAGAUCGGGAUCACUACACUAAAAGCACAACCAACAUGAUGACAUAAUCCUGUGGUUACAAUUUCACCCUCCAAACAACCAUUUACGUUAAUGAAUUUUAGCAAAUCUAUUAUCUCCAUGUUUUUGUCACAUUUCACACGCCAACCAUGUGAUGAAGGCUGAGGAUAGGAGCUCGGGUUGCUCGGCCUUUAGGGUCGAGGUAAGAAAUGGAUUGAUUGAUAUGGAAAACAAAUCUCUGCUGCGCUCGAAUCAGAGAAUCAACUGUUUGUAACUCAAUGCUGUUCCAUAUCAAUAGUCAUUUAACAAUGCCAUCUUGUUUUUGUAUCAGAACGUAAUUACAAUAACGUACAUAGAACGUGGAUAUUGCACAGGAAAGGUUCCUAUGAGGCUUUUGAAAUUGUUUACAGCAAAGGCAUAUAAAGUGCCAAUGAGUAUUGUGACUCCACUAUCCUGCAGUAUUACUUUGCAAACAUGAAAAGGAUGUAUUAUCUGCAAUACAAGAGACAGAUUUACAUCAACGAUACUGCCCCUUUGUGCCUAUUUGCACAACAAUAAGGAGACCAAAUGUACUUUUAAACAGUAGAUACUUCGGCUAGAUUUCUGAGAGUCACCACGUCUACACACAUAAAUGUUUGCAGCGGCAGUCAAAAUGAUCUCUAAAACAUACCAACCAACUAUCUAAUUACACUAUUCUCUGGGGUUUCUCUGCUCCCCAUAUCACUUGAUUUACUAAGAACCCUGAGUCUCCCAACUCUCCUAAAUUUAGGUCACGGUGGUGAUGUAACUCAAGCCCUGUAACAUGCACACAGUAGGACUUAUAUUAUUUAAGCAUCCUCAAAUCGAUCAGCAAUGUAUUAUUCAGGAGCAUCUGGUGGCAAGGUUGUCAGUGUCAAACGUGGUGUGCAUGACUGAUCAACUCUACAGUGACAAGUCGACAAGGAGUUAACGGUCGCAGGCUGGCAACCAUUAAAGGGGCAAUCUGGAAUUGGUACAUCAAUGUUGUUUGAAUCCCAGAUUGCCCCAUUAAAGAGAUAUUACAAUAUAAUAAGGACUCGGUAAUAAGGGGAUUACAAUUCAAUUUGAUGCAACUGUUAGCUGAGGCACGAGCUUGUUGUUUGUUUGUUUAUUUUGUUCAAAUACGCACAUUUUACAUACAAAAAAUCACAUGUUCUAAUAAACAGACUGAGCAACUAGAAAAAGCAUAAAUAAAUAACAGAAAAUACAAUUAAACAUAAAUAAAUACAACUAAGACACAAAGUGGUCUAAUCAGGGAUCAGAGUACAAAAGUUACUAUAAAGACAGGGCUUCUUUAGAUUUAAAUAAUUUCAAAGAUGUCUUGUACAAUGUAACCUCAUUCAAAAAUAUUACAAACAGGGGGGUCGUUUUUAAGAAAGAACAUUUGUGUAUGAAAUAUUUUGCCAUAAUAAUCAAAUUAUUGUACAUAAAUUCAACAUUUCUGUCCUCCAUUAGGAAAGAAAAUCUGACAUUAUUAUUUUAAAGUGGGUAUAAUAAGAUCAUUUUAUGUAAUCUAGUAUUGAAAUGCAUCCCAAAAGGGUGUAGAGAGUUGAAAAUAUGUUCUGCAGUUUCAGUAUCAGUUACAAAAAACUUAAUGAUUAAAGUCAAAAAUAGAUUGAAACUGAAACACAACCACUGUUUUCAUUUUUUUCAUUUUUUUUUUCUUUACUUCAAGCUCUUAAGCAGACCUAUGUUGACAUUAGACAUUUUAUUUUAUUUGAAUUCCACACACACAUAUUUAAAGCCCAACUUUUUUGACACUCCUAUUCUGUUUCAGUGUUGUGUGCUACACCUAGAAACUUGGUGGUGUUAACUUGAACCCUUCUUGUGGCUUACUAUGCUUCCUGUGAAAGUGAUACAUCACACGAGAGAACAGGAAGUGACCUCGAAGCCAGGUCGCUCCCAUUCAAGCACUCGCAUUACUACAUUUUCUCUGUCACAUUGGGCACAAGGGCUGUCUCUACAUUGGGAGGUAGAGGACAGGGUACACAGUAAUUCCCCUCUGACUCCCUAAUUGGUACUACUGAGAGACAGCGUUUGGUUGAUGUCUUUCAAAGCUAGGCACAACUCCAAAUUCUCUCCACAAAUGGUUAGAAAUGUCUAUUUUGCGGUGCUUGCAUUCUGGCAUAUGGUAGUGAAGGGGGCAGGUGAGGGCUUUCUAAAAGGCACUUCUCAUCUCGUAAAUGGACUAUCCUAGCGGAUCACGCCUUAAUUUGCAAUUAAUAUGAGACAUUGGCCCGUGAUAUCAUAUCAACUUUAUAGUGUUUUUAACAUCUCUGGGGAGCCACUACCCAUGUUUCUAUGCUCACAUCUGCCCCUACUAACUCAGCUAGGUUUGGAGAAAAUCUUUAGGCGCUGGAGAGAGAGAAAAAACCUGUCUGCUCCUGUGUUCCUCGUGAAAAUGGUCCUCAUUGUAAGGGGCGAAUUACCAAUUAAUGGAAGUAGGCUUUUGUGCCGGCCCGUUUUCAAUUGGCCGAGUUUCAAAAGCCCCUUAACAAAUCAUUCGCCCAAAAGCUAGCCGAGAAAUUAGCCCAAUGUAAAUGCACGGGAAAUGUACUUUCAUUAAUUCUUAAUGUUCAAGUGGGACACCGUUCUGCCUAUUAUGGUAUAUAUAGUCCCUUUGUCCUGCCUGCCUAACCGUGAUAAACCGGUGCUUCAUUGGCGUUCUAAGGAUUGUAUUUAUGGUCGGUAAGCAUAAUUGAUAUGUGAAAUCUUUACUUUGUCAAAGGCUCAAUCCAUUUGAUAUAUCUUCUUCACUGUCUAAUAGAGCAACGGCAGCACUUUAUUAUAUUGGUGCCGUACAAGGUAUUGACAUGGCAUUUUGGUGGCAUUAUGAAGUGUGUUUAAUGUUGCAGGUUGAAGUUUAUUGGGAUGAAUCUUAUCUUGGAGGCAGAGCUGAGUGAUUUCCACUAGAUGGAAAUCAAAAUUGACUAUAUAUCUUAACAAUUCCAUGAAAACAUGAAAUUAGCUUUUUGGUCUUCAUUUAAGGUUAGUGUUAGGCAUUAGGGUUAGUAGUGUGGUUAAGGUUAGGUUUCAGGUAAGGGUUAGGUUUAAAAUCAGAUUUUGAGACUUUGUGGCUGUGCCAGCUAGUGACUACCCUGCAGAACUGCCUCCAGGUCAUGAGUCAUCCCAAUAAAUGCCACCAACCUGCUUUAAUAUUGUCUGAUUCUAUUGAAACAUCAUCAAAUGAUCCGUCAUCCUGAGUAUGGCGGGCGGUUCUAGAUGGUUAGAUAGAGCUGAUGCACAAGAUUUAUGAAGGCUAGCUCAAUGUAAAAUCCCCUUAUAAUAGAGCUGAAUCUAUAAACGUAUUGGACCCUUGAUUAAAAACUCCCAGAGUGUGUCUAUCUUAAUGGAUCAUCUGUUGGGACUAUGACAUUUACUGCAUCAACAGAACUUAUUUUCUCUCUCGUUCUUCUAAGGGGCAAGGGUCCGUUCAACGGAUGAAAAAUGAGGAGUGUUCAGACAAAGUGUUAUCCAAAACUGUGUUGAAUUUCUCAAAAUGACUAGAGGCCAUUUUAACAAUAGAACAAUGGUUGCCAAGGCUCCCUGUUCAGUACAUUAUUAUGCUUAGCUAUGAUAGUAAGACAAGAGCAGAACAACAUGUGUGAAAGACUAUGUUAGUACAUUAAACUAAGUGCUGAUUCCGAACUCAAGAUACACAUUGAUUUGAAGACAUUGGACAAGAUUGCUCUGGAAGAUUGAUUUUGUUUUUGUUAGUUGUACAACAUGCCUCAUUCAGCCCAUCUCUGAAAACCUGAUUGCGAGAGCUCUGUCUUGACAUAAGGAGUGGGGUUUAUACAACAGAUUAUCAAUAAAUAAUGCAUUAGCUCCCAUCUGGCUGCAUUGCCUUCCCUUAUCAAAGCCUGGGCUUGUCGAUAUCACAGGCUUAGCUGUUUCAUGACCUCUUCGAUUGCCUCCCUUGCCUUCCCUUUGCACCCACCAGCUUCCUCGCGAGUAUCGGAACCAUGCUUCCCAUGUACCUGGUGCUGGCGUUCAUGUAUACCGUCUGCAUGACCAUCAAGGGCCUCGUCCUGGAGAAGGAGCUCAGGCUCAAGGAGGUUCAGCGGGCCGUCGGUGUUCAGAACGGUGCCAUUUGGUUUGCGUGGUUCACCGAGAACUUUGUGCUGCUCAUGGUCCCAUGCGCAUUCAUAAGUGUCAUGGUUAAGGUCAGUACUGAGAAUGAUGACGACUUUCAAAUAACAAAGCACAAUAUCACUUGGUUACUAAACUAAACUGAUGUGGAGUAACAGAUUCCACCAGUUGUCAUUGACUGUCCUUGAGCUUGUACAGUAUAUUGUUUUCUGAUAGUCCUACUUAGUGUGCACAAUAAUACAGAAUAAGAUUACCAGGCAAGUUAAAUAAACUUUACCUAAAGAGUCAAUUAAACACAUCCACGUUGGUGUAAAUGCAGCAUAGGUACAGUGCUGUUUGAAGUGCUAUAUUGUUUAAAGAGAAGUAACAAGAAAACAUUGUUUUAUUUAAGAGAAGAAUGUAAAUUAAUCAGAGCAAGUGUCCAUAUUAGGACAGUGUACAGGUGCACAAUUUUUUGUUAUACAGGAUCUAAAAUAUAUUUGAUUUGUAAAGUGUUUGUGCUUUGUUCUUUGUUACUCUUGCUCCUGUUAAUUGUGGGAUAACUAAUACCAAUAAAAAAAAAACGAAUCAGGUAUGACCUAUCUACAUUUCCACUAUAUCAUGCUAAUUGUUGAGCAUGGUACUAAAAUCGUAAUUUCCCUCCAUUAAAAUCAGCCCUGUUGUUUAUCAUUUGCCUGUAUUUCCUGUGAUUGCAUCACCUUUCUUUGCAUGCUAUUCAAACAUGAAUUAUGUUUAUCAUCGAUGUGACACAACUUCCCCAGUGACACUCCGGAGAGUCAUACUGGUGCGACUAGAGGAAAGACAGUAUUCCACCCAUCGAGACUGGGUAUGAGACAAGUCUUUGGAUAAAAUGUCAGUCAUUGAGAAUGGAUCCAUUUUGAGAAGCUAUAUAAAAAUAAAAAAAAUCUGUUAUGCUGUGCAUUUACAGAAUCAAAGCAAUAUUUGAUGCUUACCGGAAUAUCACAUUAGACUGGAUAUGGCCGACUCGAUAUGGCCUCUGAGUGACUCUAUAUAAUCAUGUACAGUAUGACAGUACGAACACUGUGUUCAGUGUUGUAUAAUGGUCCUGUUCACUGCCAUAUACAUACAGUAUGUCCUCUGGAUAACUUUCAUACUCUGCAUCAAAAUGUCCUGUGUUACAUAUAGCUUUCACCUAGUCAUUGCUGAACGGCAUCACUCUUAAAGCUGUUGUUGUUGAUGUGAGACACAUGAGCUGUUGCUCUGUAGCUUUAAAUGUACAUCACUCUUCUGUGUCAUUGAUCCUGCCGCGUGUAAUUAAGUGACCUAUCUGUUAAAUUGAUCCCCUGUCCAUGGACUAAUGUGCGUCUAAGCUAAAUUAUAGAACCAUUAUCACAAUGAGGUGGCCAUUUUGUUUGCUCAUCACCACACAAACAUAUUUGCAUUGUUUUUAUCUGCCUCUUAAAGGUACGGUGCCCUUUUCAGUCUCCUAAUUCAUAUGCAUGGUUAAAUAAAAAAGAAAAGGAUUAUGUAUUAUUAGAUCAGCUAAUACAUUUUUUGCAGUUUAAUUGGAAAAUGCUCCUAGUAAAAACAAUUGAUAUUUGAACAGCUGGGCAAAACGUAAUUUCCCCAUCACCCUAAUGUGUUUGCCAGCCAUCAGCAAUUUGUAAACAUUAAUAACAAUACAUUGAGUUAGUUGGGUGCCUUGGCGGUACCACUGGGAUUUUUUUUAUUUUUUAUUUUUAGUCAUUUAGCAGACGCUCUUAUCCAGAGCGACUUACAGUUAGUGAGUGCAUACAUUUUUUUCAUACUGGUCCCCGUGGGAAACAAACCCAUAACCCUGGCGUUGCAAACGCCAUGCUCUACCAACUGAGCUACACGGGCAUGAUGUGUAUUCAAAUCAUAGAGCCCAGCUAUUAUUAUUAAUGAUAUUUUCAUGGCCAUUUUGUAAAACAGGGAAUCAAAAGGCAAUUAUUUGACUGCUGUGUCUGGAUUAUGUGGGACUGCCACAAGUUUUGUCAUCCACACCUGAGUUCCCCCUGAUCUGUGUUUAUUCAUAUUGUUGUCCCAAACACUGUGGCCUUUCUUUGCUUCUCAAUGAAGGCAAAAAUAAGAUGAAGCAUUUGUUGGGUAAAUCAACAGAUUGGUUUGGUUCUUCACAGACCAUGUUCCCUAAUGGAAAUAUGACUUUAGUGGUGAUCAACAUACCCUCUCUACUCUACAUCUAACACCACCUCAUAAUGUACUUACUGCCCACUGGGAAAAAACUGGUUGAAUCAACAUUGUUUCCACGUCAUUUCAACCAUAAAAAUUCAAUGUGAUGACGUUGAAUCAUCGUGGAAAACUGAUUGAAUUUGAAAAAAGUCAUAAACGUAAGGGAAUUUUGUAUUUUUUCACCCAACUUUUAACCUAAAUCCAAUGACAUGGUGAAAUGUUUGGUUGAUUUCACACUGAAUUCACGUUAGUUGACAACUCAACCAAAUGUAAAUCAAAACGAACGUCUGUGUCCAGUGGGUGAAAGUCGUUUCAGUGUAUGUGGAUAACGUUCAUAUUUUCUUUGAGAGUCUUCCACAUGCGCCAGUACACCUCAAAACUACUGUAAGUUGAUACAGUACUUUGCAGGAAUUGAACGAGGUCAAAACGUUGGAAAUCCAUAUCUCAGGCCACUUGAAUGCUAUCACCACCAGUCAUGACCACAACCACCAUUGAUAAGUCAAAUCAAGUCAAUUUGCUCUAAAUCAAAAUAUCAAGUUUAUUGCCACGACGAUAGUAGAAAAUCUCAAUCAGCAUCCAGAUGUGACUUGGACGUGUACACCCUGCCCCUGUCCUCUCCCAUCCGACCCCUCCCCCCUUAGGUUCCUCCGCUCGCUGGCGCAGUCUCUGCCCCUAUACUUGACCCUGGCCUGGAUCUACUCGGUGGCCAUGAUCGUGAAGGGCAUCGUUAUGGAGAAGGAGGCGCGUCUGAAGGAGACGGUGAGGAUGAUGGGGCUGAGGAGCUCCACCUACUGGCUGAGCUGGGCCGUGUCCAGCGUGCUGCCGCUGGCUGUCAGUGCGCUCCUCCUCACCCUCAUCCUCAAGGUGAUUCACCACUGAUUCAACUCUAAUUCAGGGAGACCUUUUACCACUUCUUGGAGGGCUGUGGGAAACGGGUAUCAACUCAUUCCCAUUGCAAGGCUUAGGAUGUCAAUGGCUGGGCUAGAGGGAAGUGAUAAGGUGUAUUGUAAUAUUAGCAUGUAAUAAACAAUUAAUAAACAAUCAUAAGAAGUAAUACCAAACAGCAGACUUAGGCCUAGUCUAGCAACAUUUCUUAUCAAUUUAGAUGAGGCUGUUAGCUUGGCUACCACUACUUGUAACAAACCAGUGGUGUAUCAAUACUCCUAAUGACUGUAUUCAGUGGGUUUGGGUUUGUUCAAUGAACAUUGUAAUGAAGUGUAAUCAAAGACUUGAGUUGCUCUGGUGGACAGACCUCCAAGACUGGGAAAGGGUCUCCUUGUAAUGCAGCUAAGCAGAGUGACGCCACUUAUAUUACAACUAACUAUAGACUAACAAUUAAAGGCUCACUCCUUUUAUUAGAAAAAAACUACAAAAUGGCAGCUCCACCAAGUGGAUUGCUAUUGGAAUGGGGCUGGGGAAGUGUAACCACUUUCAAAUCCAUAGAGGGAGUUAUGGAUGCAAGGACUGACAGUCCAUUACGUCAACGUGAUAGUAAAUCAUAUUUUGAAGCUACGGUAUGUUAGAAGUACAACAAGUGAUACAUUAGUAGGAGUAAGACGCUAUCAACACCUGGUGAGUCACCCUGCCUACUGCUUAUCAAAUCAUCAACAAUGAGUCAUUUUAAUCAAAAGCUUUAUUUUUGUUCUGCUUCGUGCUCUCUUCACAAAUAAUAAGUUAAUCACCAAAAUCAGUCAUGAUCACUCAGUUUUUUUUUGUAAGAUGCCUGCUAGACACAAGAAAUGGUUAUGGCUCAAACAUGCAUUGGCAAUCAAUACUCCCAAAGUGCUAACUAGGGUAGUUUCGUGACUACCAAUGGCCGUGUUCGAAUACUUCGAAAUAGAUCCUUCCUUUCUUCCUUCCUUGAAGUAAUCACAGAUCUAAAAUGUUUGGAUUGGUGAAAGUAAAACCCUGAUAAUGUAGGAUUAUUUUUUAUAUGAGAUAUAAUUAUUUUCUAAGUCACGGUUCUGUAGUUCUAAAAUAUGGUGAAUCAGUUGUUUGGAAUUGUAAUGGUAAUUGAUGAGCUACCAGCAACUACUUUCCUUUUUUCUUAUUGGUUAGAUGUUUGUUAAUUGUUGCAGAAGUACAGGAAGAAGUUUAGUUAAUGCAUGGAUGUGAUCUGCAAAAUCUGCAAAAGAGUAAUUUGUCUCCAUCCAGUGUUUAUCUACAUAGUCAUCCAUCCGCCAUCUAAAGAACCCUCAAACUGCUGUCACCUAUCACUCAUCACUUACAGAUGAACAUGAGGAAAGAAGCAUUUCGAACAGGGCCACAGUGUUGUUUCCCCCCCUCUUGUCCCUUUUAUUAUCCCCUUUCAUUCCCACCCUCUCCCGGUGCAGUAUGGGAAGGUGCUGCAGUACAGCGACCCUUCGGUGAUCUUCGUCUUCCUGCUGGUCUUCUGUGUGGCCACCAUCAUGGAGUGUUUCUUCAUCAGCGUCUUCUUCUCCAAGGCCAACCUGGCGGCGGCGUGCGGAGGCCUCAUCUACUUCGUCCUCUACCUGCCACACCUUCUCUGCUACGCCUGGAGGGACGUCAUGGGGUUCCAGGUCAAAAUUGCUGUGGUGAGUUGACCUAUGGAACUACUGUACCUUCCACGACAGGCCCAUAAUGGACAGCAGAGACCCAGUGGGUGUUUAUUACGGUUUGGGUUUGGAACUGUAUUGAAGACUCGGUAAGGGAUUCUGUUAUGGUAUUGAAGAGAGAUUAAGUUUGUACUUUGACCGAGAGAGUUGUGGGGUUCAGCCUGGAAACAUACAGUAAAUACCAGGCACAAUCCCAACUUAAAUAGCAGACCUAAUUCAAUAAAUGAAUUGAUCAUCAAGCCCUUGGUGAGUUGUUCAAUUCAGUUGUGUUAGAACAAAAGCCUGCACACCCUGUGGGUCUACAGGACCAAUGUGAAUCUAAACAAGGACGAGUGAAGUGGGUUACUGAAAUAAACUCACUCUCUCUCUCUCUCACACACAAACACACACACACACACACACACAGUCUUGUACAGCUAACCUUGUGGGGACACACAAUUCAGUCCCAUUCAAAAUCAUAUUUUCCCUAACCCUUUACCCUAAACCUAACCCUAACCCGUACUUUUACCCCAACAUUAAUCCUAACCCUAAACCUAACCCUAACCCUAUAACUAACCCUUAACGUAAUUCUAACCCUAACAAUAAUUCUAACCUUAAAUCCCCUAGAAAUAGCAUUUGACCUUGUGGGGACUAACAAAAUGUCCCCAGUUGGCCAAAUUUUUGUUCGUUUAAUAUUCUUGUGAAUAGUUACAUUUACAUUUACAUUUUAGUCAUUUAGCAGACGCUCUUAUCCAGAGCGACUUACAGUUAGUGAAUACAUAUUUUUUUAUACUGGCCCCCCGUGGGAAUCGAACCCACAACCCUGGCGUUGCAAACGCCAUGCUCUAUCAACUGAGCUACAUCCCUGCCGGCCAUUCCCUCCCCUACCCUGGACGACGCUGGGCCAAUUGUGCGCCGCCCAUGAGUCUCCCGGUCGCGGCCGGCUGCGACAGAGCCUGGAUUCGAACCAGGAUCUCUAGUGGCACAGUUAGCACUGCGAUACAGUGCCUUAGACCACUGCGCCCACACACACACGCACAGUACAGAUGCUGGGAUAAUAUCCAAACACUGUGCAAUCCCCAUGACCUGAACUAUAGAUCCUUGCUCUGACACACAAUAAUAAUUUGGAUUAUAAACGAGGUACUAAUGAUAUCCUUAUGUUCCCUGUAACCAUUCUUCUCUCAAUCUUUUAACUCUACCAAUGUAUCAUCAGAUCUAUAUAGUUAACUUCAAUAACCUUAACCUUAAUAAUAAUGUUGUUCUAUUUGCGGUUUCGUUUGAUCCAAAUAUAUAUUGAUCUCUCCCACCUUUUCACAUUAGGUUAAUGUGUUUUGGAAUGUAUCCCAUUGCCCUUAGCCCGUACACAAGAUGCAAUUUGCAAUACUUCUGUCUGUUUUCUGUGAUCUCAAAGUUGGAGACGUUGAUUUCCUCUGACAACGUGAACUUCUGGUUUUCUAAUAACAUCGAGUCGUGUUUUUUAUUUCCUAUACGGGUGCAGUUAUUGAGCUUUUAAGGUUUACUUCGAAUGGGGAUAUUACUUUUCCGACUCUGCCAGAAGUACAAGCACUCAGUCAUAUAACUCAAGACUUUAUGAUGCACAUACUUGAGAAAGCGGAUAAGUGCGACUGAAUAAACCCAUGGGGUAGUUUUUACGUGAUUCUGUCCUUUGGAAUGAAAAGAUGAAUAGCAUAUACAUGCUCAACUUUUAUUGUAGCGUUUCUGAUUGACCUUUAUGUUCUGUGUGGGAUCAUUUGUCCUGGAGCCGUCCGUUCUGCAGACACAAAGACGCAGCAAUUCUUAAUCUUUAUUGCCAUGGGGCCUAGACACAUCUUUCAAGUAGAACCAUGUUUCCUUAUUUAUCGAAAUUGAAAUAUAUUUUCAGGCCGCGGCUUCGUAUCUUACUUUGGCAUGUGACAAUGCUUUGUGUGUUUUCUACACUACAUGGCCAAAGGUAUGUGGACACCUGCUUGUCGAACAUCUCAUUCCAAAAUCAUGGGCAUUAACAUGGAGUUGGUGCCCCCUUUGCUGUUAUAACAGCCUCCACUUUUCUGAGAAGGCUUUCUACUAGAUGUUGGAACAUUGCUGUAGGGACUUGCUUCCAUUCAGCCACAAGAGCAUUAGUGAGGCUGGGCACUGAUGUUGGGUGAUUAGGCCUGGCUCGCAGUCAGCGUUCCAAUUCAUCCCAAAGGUGUUCGAUGGGGUUCAGGUCAGGGCUCUGUGCAGGCCAGUCAAGUUCUUCCACACCGGUCUCCACAAACCAUUUCUGUAUGGACCUCACUUGUGCACGGGGGCACUGUCAUGCUGAAACAGGAAAGGGCCUUCCCCAAACUGUUGCCACAAAGUUGGAAGCAUAUAAUCAUCUAGAAUGUAAUUGUAUGCUGUAGCAUUAAUAUUUCCCUUCACUGGAACUAAGGGGCCUAGCCUGAACCAUGAAAACCAGCCCCAGACUAUUAUUCCUCCUCCAUCAAACUUUACAGUUGGCACUAUGCAUUGGGGCAGGUAGCGUUCUCCAGGGAUCCGCCAAACCCAGAUUCGUCCGUCGGACUGACAGACGGUGAAGCGUGAUUCAUCACUCCAGAGAACGCAUUUACACUGCUCAAGAGGCCAAUGGCAGCGAGCUUUACACCACUCCAGCCGACGCUUGGUAUUGCGCAUGGUGAUCUUAGGCUUGUGUGCGGCUGCUUGGCCAUGGAAACCCAUUUCAUGAAGCUACUGACUAACAGUUAUUGUGCAUCCAGAGGCAGUUUGGAACUUGUUAGGGAGUGUUGCAACUGAGGACAGACCCGUUCUGUGAGCUUGUGUGGCCUACCAUGUCGCAGCUGAGCCGUUGUUGCUCCUAGAUGUUUCCACUUCACAAGAACAGCACAGUUGACCGGGGCAGACUGACUUGUUGGAAAGGUGGCAUCCUAUGACGGUGCCACUUUGAAAGUCACUGAGCUCUUCAGUAAGGCCAUUCUACUGCCAAUGUUUGUCUAUGGAGAUUGCAUGGCUGUGUGCUCAAGUUUAUACAAUUGUCAGCAACGGGUGUGGCUGAAAUAGCCGAAUUUGAAGGGGUGUCCACAUACUUCUGUAUAUAUAGUGUAUAUUUCUAAGCCGGUAUACACUACUUCCUUUAAACCCAGCAUUCAAACAAGCAAUGCCAACUCGAUGGCACAAAUUGAUCUCCUCUCAGAGUAGUUUGUGUUCUACGUAUCAGGGUAUUUAUUGUGUUCUUGUGUGGAAAAGUUGCCAGUUCUCCUCGUGGCAUCUCCACUUUUCUACCUGUGUGUGUCAUAUAUAUUGUAUGUUGAGGGGAGAAAAAAACACUGCUUUACUGAGCAAUUUUAUUCUGUGCACUCUUCCUCAGCCAAAGUGCCUUUGUGGAGUUGUGCCCUUGGCAUUGAGAUGUCCUUCCUCUGCUUCCCCUGCUUAGACGGAUGGUCUACUCCUUUCAUUUGCAUGAACAGUGUUCCUCUGACCACGUUGACUUACAGUCCAUCCCUGUAGUUUAUUUAUUAUAGUGUAGGGAUGUUUUUUUCCUUCCCAACAUAGAAGAAAGUACACUGUUCCCAGGCACAAACACGCACGCACACAAACAGAGACACACACACACAAACACAGAAACACACACACAAAACCCAACACCCACCCAGUAUUGCGCGUGUCUUUGAUAUCAUAUUCAUACCACUGCAUUUGAAUAAUGAAAAAGAAUGUCAAUUUAAUGACAGUGUUGUGAUUCGAGGAGUUUUCAUAAGCAAAGGCAUUGGCUGUGUGUGUGAUGUCACAGGGACAGCAAUAAGAUGGGACAAAUACAAAAUCCAAUUAUCUCUCCAGCAUCCAGUUUUUUUAUUUUCUUCCUGUGAUUCACCUCCUCCACAAACAAAUGAAGGAUCCUCCUCCUUUCAGAUGUAAAUGCAUUGUUUGUCAUCUGUGAGAGCUCUGUAACUGAGAGCUAGUAGCUUUUUCCUUCUUUCCGCCGGCUGGGUACGUAUUGUGGCCUCCGUAUUGUCAUGUUGACGUGUUUUCAUAGCGGGUGGUCUGUUUGUGUUUGAUUCUGCUGUGUCUGCCCUUCUCAAAGUCAGACUGGCCGCACCGUCGCUCUGUCAGCCUGUCACUCAAAGGUCAUGGAGGGAUCAUUCACUGCCCUGCCUUCACCCCUUGUCCGGUGGUUGGCUGCCCAUUGUUUGGCAGGCGAACGUGUCCGACCUUGGGCGACAGUUGAAUGGGUGCCAGUGGCUGUGCAUAGAGAGACUGCGGACAGCGGUCAGAUCAGACACUUUUGAGAAAAUGUCCCUUGAAUGUUUUGGUACAUCUACUGGAGAGCUCUUUGUCUACACCCAUUCAACGUCAUUCACACCCUCUUAAGCCUUAGCCCCACCCAUUUCUUUAAGGAUUCACACGUGAGGCCAUGUGCUAAACAGAGUGAGUAAGGUAGUGUAGUAAACUACCAAAGAUUUCAAGACUAAAAGUCUUGCUAAGUCUAGCUAAGUGGAUGGGUCACUAUUGUCUAUACAUGUGCACAUGUUCAUUAAAUACAAAAGAUGGCCGUAAUCACCCCCAGACACACCUGGCUAACUUGAUGGGUCAUGUAAUCAUUAUCUUGCGAAGUAUCUUUUGUUUAGACAUGUAGCUAGUUAGCUAAAAAAUCCCAGCCCAUAGCUACAGUACAAACGGAUUGUCAUAGCUAGCAACUAUGCAUGAAAUGCUGAAGUAUGAAUCUGCAGGUAGAUAAAGCUAACCAACUAGGUUCAAUGGUAGCUAGCUAGCUAACAUUAGGCCAUAACUAGCAAUGCAAAUGGCUUUCUGAGAUACAAAUAAUAUUACUACACAGAUCAUACACGUAACAUUAGCUAGUGACCCAGCAAGCUAACGUUAGCUAGCUAGCUAAAAGUACUCUUUAACUUGCAAUGAAAAUGAAUUUCUGACAAUAUUUGAAACGUAUAAUAUCUGAAAAUUUAGCUAGACACGUAUACAUGGAUGAACGCUUCACGGCAGCGUUUCCGUUUGGUUUGUAGUUACCUACAGCUUGUUUAGUCCGUUGUUGUGUCAAGUCACUCCGGUUCACACUGAACUUGUGCAGAAAAGUAGUCCAUCACAACUUCUUCCCACUGAUCUUUGUUGAUAGUGCCUGCUAAAUUCUGGGCAGCAAUGUUGUUGAGAGCAGUAGCAACACUUUUGCAGAUCUCCAUGGCUAACGUUAUAUCUUUCAAAAAAGCCACGGUAGCAAGGAUUAUCUACAUAUACUGAGCAGCUCAUGUUAUAGACAGACGCGUGCUGCAUGUCAGACCAAUCCAAACUCAUCUCUCGGCAUGUCCAGCCCAUCCAUUAUCUCAGCCAAUCAUGGCUAGCGGUAAGGUUCCUGUCUUUUUCCGUUACUAAACCAGAUAGGCUCGUAAUUUAACAAUUGUAUUCGUAUUUACAGAAGGCACAUAAAAGUUAACAUGUUCAAGAAGGCAUUUCUGCCCAAAAAAAGAUUUUGGGGAUAAAAAUUAAAAAUAGACGUUCAAUUCCUUCCAGUUCUCUGCUGCCAAUGACUGGAACGAAUUGCAAAAAUCUCUGAAGCUGGAGACUCUUAUCUCCCUCACUAACUUUAAGCAUCAGUUGUCAGAGCACCUUACCGAUCACUGCACCUGUACACAGCCCAUCUGAAAUUAGCCCACCCAACUACCUCAUCUCUAUAUUGUUAUUGAUUUUGCUCUUUUGCACCCCAGUAUCUCUAUUUGCACAUAAUCUCUUGCAUUCCAGUGUUAAUACUAUUGUAAUUAUUUUGCACUAUAGCCUAUUUAUUGCCUUACCUCCAUAACUUGCUACAUUUGCACACACUGUAUAUAUAUUUUCUGUUGUAUUGUUGACUUUAUGUUUUGUUUUACCCCAUAUGUAACUCUGUGUUGUUUUUAUUGCACUGCUUUGCUUUAUCUUGGCCAGGUCGCAGUUGUAAAUGAGAACCUGUUCUCAACUGGCUUACCUGGUUAAAUAAAGGUUAAAUAAAUAAAUAAAUAAGAAAAAAAAAAUGCCUCUCCUGUGAAGUAGUGACGUGUGACAUAUCCCUAGCUUCUUGAAAUGGUCACAUUUGUAUAAUUAGUCCAUGCGUCAUACUGUGACACUUUCUGUAUUUUGAAAGUUCUAUAUCUUGAACUUGAUUGCUGACAUGCUAAAUAUUUUGGGACUAUAUCAACAGUGGACUAAUGGAGCAAAUAGCAAAAUUUAGUUUUUGAGUGGUAUUUUCCUUUAAGUGUUUGUGGCAUCUGGCUGGGCUUAAACGCUUGGGGUAAAUGAAGCAUGCCCAAACAGCUGGCAGGCAACAUGCAGAAGAGAGUGAUCGGCUGUACCAGAGGAUUUGUCAUAGGCAAAGCAUCAUUUGCCAUUUCCCUAGCUAUUUCCUAUGGUAUGAAAGAUGUAACCCGUCUUUGUUUGUACCACAUGACUUGCCCUCCACAUUUGUUUCUUUGACAAGCUGGAACUUCUUGGGCUGCACAAAUCCAGUCCUCAAAAGCCGCUGUCGUGUCUGCUGAUGUUCUAUACUUCUUGGUACUUAAAGGAAAUAAUUUAUCAAUAAUUGACAUUGAUUAGCUAGACUAGAGUGUCCACAUACCAGGGUGGAAUUUGUCCAAUUUGAACACAGAUUGGUGUUGUCUGUUGCAAAAUGUUUUUCCUACAUUUUGCCCUAUUGAACAUGACCACAAUUUACCAAGGCUAUGUCUGCCAACGAUCAUAGUCAAAGGCUAGAAUGAAAAUCAGCAAAAAAAAUGUGCCUUGAUGUUCCUGACAUGCUCUGCCACACUGAUGUUGAAGAUGAUAAUGAUAAUCUGACAUGAUCCUGACGUCCACUCUUAAAUAAUAACCAAUCACAUCUAAACUGCAUCCAUUUCCAGAGUUUGCUGUCGUGCGUGGCCUUCGGGUACGGCUGUGAGAACCUCGCCAAGUACGAGGAGCAGGGCAUCGGUAUUCAGUGGAGUAACAUCGCCCAAAGUCCUGAAGACGGAGACCGGUAUAGUUUCAUCGUGUCCAUCAUCAUGAUGCUAGUCGACGCCCUCAUCUACUGGCUACUCACGUGGUACAUCGAGAACGUCUUCCCAGGUAACUCAUUAAUGAGACCGCCAUCAGUAAUGCACUCUCCUCGAGUGAAGUGUCCCCUAGGUACAGAUCUAGGAUCCUCUCCCCAAUCCUAGCCAUUAGUUGAGAAAAGGCUAAACUGACCCAAGAUCAGUGUAUUGGGGCAACUUCACCCUACAGUGUACACCGUAAUGUUCCAUAUUAGGAUUCUCCAACUCCAAGUGAAUCUGACACAACUUCCGUAAAGGUGUGACUGUCCUAAUAUGGACAGUGAGCAUUAUGGUGAAGUUGCCCCAAUCUGUGACCCUAGGUCAGUUUAGCAUUCUCCUGAAUGGUCCUAGUAUUGACUGUGAGUGCUGUAGAUAAUGACAUCUGUUAGUGGAUGAAGUGUCAUUGAUUAGUAACGUAUGUCCCACUAACAUGAACAUAAUGUGCAGUUGAAGUCGGAAGUUUACAUACACUUAGGUUGGAGACAUUAAAACUCAUUUUUCAACUACUCCACAAAUUUCUUGUUAACUAUAGUUUUGGCAAGUCGGUUAGGACAUCUACUUUAUGCAUGACACAAGUAAUUUUUCCAACAAUUGUUUACAGACAGAUUAUUUCACUUAUAAUUCACUGUAUCAGAAUUCCAGUGGGUCAGAAGUUUACAUACGCUAAGUUGACUGUGCCUUUAAACAGCUUGGAAAAUUCCAGAAAAUGAUGUCAUGGCUUUAGAAGCUUCUGAUAGGCUAAUUGACAUAAUUUUAGUCAGUUGGAGGUGUACCUGUGGAUGUAUUUCAAGGCCUACCUUCAAACUCAGUGCCUCUUUGCUUGACAUCAUGGGAAAAUCAAAAGAAAUCAGCCAAGACCUCAGAAAGAAUAUUGUAGACCUCCACAAGUCUGGUUCAUCCUUGGGAGCAAUUUCCAAACGCCUGAAGGUACCACGUUUAUCUGUACAAACAAUAUGUUUGACCCAAGUUAAACAAUUGAAAGGCAAUGCUACCAAAUACUAAUUGAGUGUAUGUAAACUUCUGACCCACUGGGAAUGUGAAAUUAAAGCUGAAAUAAAUCAUUCUCUCUACAAUUAUUCUGACAUUUCACAUUCUGAAAAUAACGUGGUGAUCCUAACUGACCUAAAACGGGGAAUCUUUACUAGGAUUAAAUGUCAGGAAUUGUGAAAAACUGAGUUUAAAUGUAUUUGGCUAAGGUGUAUGUAAACUUCCGACUUCAACGGUACAUAAAUGGAACAGUUUUGACCCUUCCCACUGGGCAAACAUUUGAAAAAUCAACGUUGUUUCCGCUUCAUUUAAACAAAAUAAUUCAAUGUAAUGACGUUGAAUCAACAUGGAAAACUGAUUGGAUUUGAAAAAAGUCAUCAACGUAAGGGAAUUGACAUGUCCAAUGACAUUGUGACAUGUUUUGUUGAUUUUACGUUGAAUUUAUAUUAGUUGACCAAAUGUAAAUCAAAAAUAGAUAUUGAACUGACAUCUGUGCCCAGUGGAUUGUGAUGAAUAUAGUACUCUGAUCUUGGGGGGAAAGUGUGUAAAGUAUGAUAAACUACACAGAACAAAAAUAAAAUGCAACAUGUAAAGUGUUGGUCCCAUGUUUCAUGAGCUGAAAUAAUACAUUCCCCAAAUUUUCCAUACGCACAAGAAGCUUAUUUAUCCCCCCAAAAAAUUCACACAUUUGUUUGCAUCCCUGUUAGUGAGCAUUUCUCCUUUGCCAAGAUAAUCCCUCCACCUGACAGGUGUGGCAUAUCAACAAGCUGAUUAAACAGGAUGAUCAUUACACAGGUGCACCUUGUGCUGGGGACAAUAAAAGGCCACUUUAAAAUGUGCAGUUUUGUCACAUAACACAAUGGCACAGAUGUCUCAAGUUUUGAGAGAGCGUGCAAUUGGCAUGCUGACUGCAGGAUUGUCCACCAGAGCUGUUGCCAGAGAAUGUAAUGUUCAUGUCUCUACCAUAAGCUGCCUCCAAAGUCAUUUUAGAGAAUUUGGCAGUACAUCCAACCGGCCUCACAACCGCAGACCAUGUGUACCCAUGCCAUCCCAGGACCUCCUGAGGAGUAUUUCUGUCUAAUAAAGCCCUUUUGUGGGGAAAACCCCAUUGUGAUUGACUGGACAUGGCUCCCCAGUGGGUGCACCCCUGCCCUGUCAUGUGAGAUCCAUAGAUCAGGGCCAAAUACAUUUAUUUCAAUUGACUGAUUUCCUUAUAUGAACUGUAGAUCAGUAAAAUCUUUGAAAUUGUUGCAUGUUGCAUUUCUAUUUUUGUUCAGUAUAUUUUAUACACAAAAUGUACAGGUACCUGCCAAAAUAAAGUAAACACUUGAGUAAAUGGGGGAUACAAAGUAUAUUGAAAGCAGGUGCCGCCACACAGGUGUGGUUCCUGAGUUAAUUCAGCAAUUAACAUCUCAUCAUGUAUGAAAAUGCUGGGCAGGCCAUUAUUUUGGCCAUUAUUUUUGCUACCAUGGCAAUGCUCCCAUAGGAUGACAAUGCCCCCAUCCACAGGGCUCGAGUGGUCACUGAAUGGUUUGAUGAGCAUGAAAACGAUGUAAACCAUAUGCCAUGGCCGUCUCAGUCACCCAAUUGAACACUUAUGGGAGAUUCUGGAGCAGCGCCUGAGACAGCGUUUUCCACCACCACCAUCAAAACACCAAAUGAUGGAAUUUCUCGUGGAGGAAUGGUGUCGCAUCCCUCCAAUAGAGUUCCAGACACUUGUAAAAUCUAUGCCAAGGGGCAUUGAAGCUGUUCUGGCGUCUUGUGGUGGUCCAACGCCCUAUUAAGACACUUUAUGUUGGUGUUUCCUUUAUUUUGGUAGUUACCUGUAUGUUAUACUGUAAUGAUAAAAUCCACAGAGUACACAGAAUUGAUACGCUCCUCUCUUGCCAAAACAACUUUGGUCAAUAAUCAGAAAAUAUUUAAUAUCCCAGCAGAUUGCCAUAAUAUAUUCAUCUCAUCUUCUCUAAUUAAAAUAAGAGGGGGAUUUGUGCCAGUCUAGAUGGAUGGAACUAUCCACUGCAAAGCGUCAUCCCUCAAGCCAAGCUGUUAUUAAAAUGUGAAUGAUGUUUCUCUAUGCUUGAUCACAGGCCAAUAUGGAAUAGCCAAGCCGUGGUACUUCCCUUUCACCGCCUCCUAUUGGUGUGGGACGUCACCGGCGCCCAACGCUGACCCCAGUCAUUUCAAGGACCCCAUUGAAUACACCGGUAUAGUAGGCAGUGCUUUUCACGCACAUAUCUUUGCACAAACUCACACUCAAUCCAAUAGUGGACCUAUUCAAUCAGGCAUUACGCAUCAUUUAUUUAUUUUUCUGGUUUAACUCAGGUCAUUACCAUCACAGACGGAAUGCAAUCUCAAUAAGUCUAGUUAAUUAGAACUCUAGACUCCUGAUGGUACCACCUUGGUUGUGUGUUGGAUAAUAAUGGAGAAAGAGGAUGGUAGGGGAAAAACAAGGUUGCGCUUUGAAAGUCAAAGCCUCAUUAGUAAAUGACUGUUAAAGGCCCAGUGCAAUCAAAAACAUGAUUUUCCUGUGUUAAGUGAGCAUGGAAGGUGCAAAGUGAGCACCACACCUGCUCCUGGGAACAGCAGAAAAGGGUAGCCUCCAGCCAAUAGGAAAUGUGACACAGGGUGUCACUAAUGAAGUUAAAACUGAUUGUGUUAUUCUGAGGGGGGAGAGCAGAGAAUUGUUGUUAUCUGUGUCACACAACACCCGUAACAUAAAAAUGUAUAUAAAUUACAUUUUGCUUUAAUAUCAGACACCUUUUUUUAAAUGUAAUUAAGGGAACAUAAUUAUUUGAGCUUUGGGUAGAGUACUGUAUAUAAUGUAGCUUUUCUGAGGACAUGAAUCAAAAGUCUAAUUUCAUCUUAUUAAUGUAAUAUAAUAUUAUACAACGGGUGGGUCUAAUCCUGAAUGCUGAUUGGUUAUAACUGCAUUCCAGCCAGUGUCUAUUCCACAAGUUACCACCAGCUAAAUCUAUGAGGUUAAAAUGCUAUUUACUCUGUUCCAUCUGACUGCGCAAUCCACUGUCUCAUCAGCCCAGCCAGGCAAUUUAUGAACUUGAUCACUAUAAAAAGCAUCUAGACAUAAUCUCACAUUUCUUUUAGACUAACAUUUUAGUUUUCAACAGCAGAGAUUUGUAUAAACCUUGCUGUCUGUCUCUCUGACAUUUGCAACAUUGUUUCAAUAUUGAAAUUUGAUCUCCAGCUGUCCCAUUGUAAUGAACGUGUCGGGGUCAGGAGUCGGAAUGAGACAGACAGGCAGCUUUUCUCAGCCAGUCGAAAUCAUGACUCCUACAUGUAUAUAUACAAAGAAAUGUAAAUAGAAAACAGGUCCAAAAAAAAUGCAGCUAGUUUGCUGUCUUUCUAGCUUCAGUUUGAAGUGAUUGUGUUAGCUGUGUUGUUGGCUAGCUCCUCUGAACAACAGUGUCCUGACGAGAGAGCACAUUUUCUAUGCCAGGUAAAAUCGUGCUUCAUUAGCUCAUUGUUAUGGAUGUAUCCACAUAAAUGUCACUAGAAAACAGCUUAAACAAAUGCAGCUACUGUUGUUAUUCUGGCUGCACUGUUUGACGUGACUGUAAGUUAGCUGUAGUUGGCUAGCUAGCAAGCAAAUGGUAAGAACGUUGCCAGCCAGUAUGGCAAUAGAACAUUUAGAACGAAGGACUGGGUCGCGUCCAUAGAUACAGAACAAAGACUUACAGAACAAAGUCUCUGGCAACCGAACCUGAUAGAACGAACGACCAGCCUGCUUGGGUAGCAACCUUCGAUUUGUGUCGGGACUAUAUCUCAUGGAAGGAUGAAAUAGUAUGAAUAAAUUAAUCAAAAUAAUGUUUUUAAUGAAAAUAUAUAAAUCAUUAUUUGAAUAUGUUGGUAACCCGUUGUAUAAAAGUGAUAAUGCCCCCGAAGCAAGUGUUUGUCUCGGGCCUAACAACACCCGUGCCAAUAUAUCCUCCAAACACCGGCUUCUCGGGCAUUAUCACUUAAAUAAUAUAUGCCAGACACUUUUAUCCUAAGCGACUUACAGUCAUGCGUGCAUACAUUUUACUUAUGGGUGGCCCAGGAGUCGAACCCACAAUCCUGGCUUUGCAAGUACCAUGCUCUACCUAUUGAGCCACACAGGCACAUAUAUUUGUUAUUUACCAUCUAUAUAUGCAUUAAUGAAACGUGACCUAUUGUCACAUUCCUUAAUUUGUCAUAAAGGAGAAAAAUGUAUAUCUAUGGUUUUUUUUUUGUAUUUUAUUUUAAAGAUUAUUUGGAAAAGCCACCACUCAAUAUGAAAGCAGGGGUCUCAAUCAGGAACCUUGUGAAGAUCUAUAAAACUGGAAAAAAGCUUGCCGUGGAUGGACUAACUGUGGACUUCUACGAGAAUCACAUCACCUCUUUCCUUGGUCACAAUGGGGCAGGAAAAACUACCACCAUGUAAGUAACACAAGAAUACAAAUGGACUGAAUUUAUGUAGUGCUUUUCUAGGUUUUAAAAGGGGAAAUUCCCUCAAAAACAGAAAAAAAACUUAAAGAUAGUUUUUGAGUGCAUUGUCCCUUUAAGAGAUUGACAUUGUAUAGAUGCAACUCAGAUCAUCCACUGCCAAUGUGUAACACCCACCUGGGUGAUGCCACGGCAGCCAUUUUGCCCUAGAAAGCUCAACACACAUCAGCUAUCACAGUAGAGAGGUGAGGAGAGGACUUACAAACUGGCAGCUCUCCAUGGUUGCACAUUACAUAGUGCUUUUCAGGGCCGUAACACUACUUACACAAAGUUGAUUGUGUUUGUUGGUUCAUGCUGCACUCUGCCUAUCUACAACACAGCCACUGGUAAUAUCAAACUUCCAGCUCUGUUGCAUUCAAAGUUUAAUCCUUUCAUCCAAUAACUUUGGCAUGGCUCUCAGCUCAUGGAGUUAGCACUAAGGCCACAACUCAGGUUGAGGCUAGCCUUCUGAGAGUACAAUACAGUAUGUUAGCAGCAGUGCCAGGAUGGAAGGGGGAGUUAUUUAAUUGCUGGUCUAAAAAGGUUUACAAGAGGUUAGGUAACGUUAAGAUGAGAGAGAGAGAGAGAACAUACAAGAGAGAGAGAGAGAGAGAGAGAGAGAGAGAGAGACUGACUAAUACCAAGUGUUGCAAUAAGAUAUCAAAGUACAUAAAAUUAUAUUCAUAAUUGUGGAUGAAGGUUUUCGAUCACGUCACACUUUCCCUGCACAUUUUCUUGUUCUCCUUUUGACUUAUAGGUCGAUCCUGACAGGACUCUUCGCUCCGACGUCGGGGACUGCUCUAAUAAACGGUUAUGAUAUCCGCACGGACAUGGACACCAUUAGGAAGCAUCUGGGAAUGUGCCCUCAGCACAAUGUCUUAUUCAAUGAGUAAGUGGCAUUCAACAGGUGGAUCAAUAUUGCUCAAUCACCUCUCAAUAUCCCAGCGCGCAAAACUCAUUGCAAUGACAUCACUAUGUCAUGGUCAGGUUGUGCACUGGUUGUAUAAGGACGUUUUGCAAAGGUCUGACCAGAUAACAGCCGAAAUAUGACAGACCCCCAUGAUGUCUAAAUUGUGAUAUGAAAAAGACGUCUUGGUGUAAUAGAGACCAGCUAGUUGUAAUCAACAGGAAAAACAUCUUUACAAUUAGACAAUUUUCAUGAAAAUGUUAUGUCAAAUUUUGUGUCACAGUUAAUGUUGGACGUAUUCCAAAUUAAAUAUCUACAGUAACUUGCAUCUCAAAUCAUUGCAAUAUUCUCACCCAUCCUCGCACCUACUUCGAACUAAGCUUUAUUCAUUCCAUCCACUUUCUUCCCUCUAAUAGUGUCAUUAUAUUCCACGAUGCAGACUCACUGGCUGACAUUGUUCGCUAUGCCCUCUCAUAACCGGGUUCUCUUCCAUUUUCCCCUGAGUGAUCACCUGCGACCACCGGCGCCUCACGUCUCUUACAUCAUGAUUAUGACUGAGUACCGGCGAAUUAUGGCCAUUAAUAUUUAUCCCAACCGAACUGAACUGUCUAUAAUUAAACAGGGGCUCUCAAUAUUCAUGUGUAUGGGAAGUAGGCUGGACGCUAAAACGUACGCACAGAUAACCCGCCGGCUUGGCAGUCAAGAUGAUUCCACGAAAGUUUGUGACAUAUUAUGAAUGGAGUCGGCUGGCUGGAGUGGAAUCAGUGGUGUCAGAGUUGUGUGGAUUGUAUUAAUAUGACAGGUUGAGAGUUGAUGAUGAGGGUACUUAUAGGUGCUAAUAAGACAUCUAUGAAUCAUGAUGGACCAUAUGAUCUUGUUAGAGCAGUUAAAGUUAAUUUGAAGCUUAGUUCAAGAGAGACUACCCCGUGUAACUUUAAGUACAAUUAAAUAAUAUAUAUUUAAAAUAAUAUAUAAGCAAACAUUUUAUUAUUAUUAUUGUCACUUUAGUCUGGAAAAGCAGAAAAUAUUGGAUCCACUUUUUGUACAUUGGAUCCACUUUUUGUACAUUUGAUAAAUCGAAUGAUUGUUUCUGAUUCUUAGCCUUACAGUGGAGGAGCACAUCUACUUCUACUCCAGAUUAAAGGGACGAAGCCGAGAUGAAGUGAAAAUAGAGAUGGACCAAAUGAUCAAGGAUGUCGGGCUGCCACACAAACGCAAGGAACUUGCCAAGAACCUGUCAGGUGCGUGUGUCCAGGGAAUAUAAUCAUGCACAAAUGUAGCUUUAUAUAACAUUUUCAUUAGGUAACUCUGUCCCCUAGCCACCACUUGUCAAACUGUGAGUGCACGCGUGCGUGUGGAAAUGCAGUUGUAUAAUCCAUUGUCUGGGGGGCAAAAAAUAUGCUUGAUAAAUUGGCUCCAGUCAUGGAUUGCAUGUGAACAAAAUCACUGAAAUAUGACAUUCAAGGUUAAUCUAGUCUGACAUUUCCACUACAUUAGCACAACACAGGACACAUUCACAACAGCUCCCAGAGUGUCAGCAUGGGCUGUUCUGUGUCAGGUUUCCAUCCAACCUUUUUAAUGCAAGGAAAGUACAUGUCAGAUAACAAUGUCACGACAGGCCUGAUGGAAAGUCAUUAUCCUGAUACACUAUCAGGUUUCUUCACAAUUUGUGUAUCUGCUUGUUAUCAAAUCAAAUGUUAUUUGUCACAUGCGCUGAAUGCAACGGGUGUAGACUUUACCGUGAAAUGCUUGCUUACGAGCCCUCCCCAACGAUGCAGAUUUAGAAAAUAAUAAUACAAAUAAAAAUAGUAACACGAGAGGAAUAAAAUACACAAGAAUGGAGCUAUAUACAGGGAGUACCAGUACCAGAUCAAUGUGAAGGGGUACGAGGUAUUUGAGGUAGAUAUGGACAUGAAGGCAGGGUAAAGUCAUGUGUGGUUCAGUUGGUAGAGCAUGGUGCUUGCAACGCCAGGGUUGUGGGUUCGAUUCCCACAGGGGACCAGUACGAAAACGGAUGCACUCACUACUGUAAGUCGCUCUGGAUAAGAGUGUCUGCUAAAUGACUAAAAUGUAAGUGAUAGAUAAUAAUAAUACGGUAUUUGAGGUAGAUAUGUAAAUGAAGGCAGGGUAAAGUGAAUAUGCAUCAGGAUAGAUAAUAAUAAUAAUAAUAAUAAUAAUAAUAAUAAUAAUAAUAAGGUAUUUAAGGUAGAUGUGUAUAUAAAGGCAGGGUAAAGUGACUAGGCAUCAGGAUAGAUAAUAAUAAGGUAUUUGAGGUAGCCUGAGGGCACACACUUACUUAGUGUGCUGUGAAAUAUGUUAUGAAUAUAUUGUAAUGUUUUAAAAAAUGUAUAACUGCCUUAAUUUUGCUGGACCCCAGGAAGAGUAGCUGCUCGCUUGGCAACAGCUAAUGGGGAUCCAUAAUAAAUACAAAUUCAAAUAAAAAUAGUGUGUGUGUGUCAUCUGCGGUCAGUAAUGGUAUGAUAUUCACACUGGCAAUAACAUUGUCGAUCAAUAGUAUAAUUGUUUAAUGUACUUGUUCUAUCUUUAACAAAAUGUCAAACUGACCAUAAGCUACAGUACAUACCUUGCCAUUCUAUGACAGUGUUUUCCUAUUCUUAUUGAGAAAGACACCUGGUGGUUUUGAUUUCAACCAAAAGCGUAACCAUUAUGAAGGGAAAAAAGCUGACAAACUGUAAGUGAUAUCAAGACCAACCCUCAAAGAAAUUGAUCAGAAUGAACACAGAUAUGCUUUUGAAAUGUCAAAAUGGAUCAGGCCUAUUCUUUGAGGGCCACUGUAAAUGCUAGUUUAAAAUUCAGUCUUUGGGUUCUCGUUUCUUCCCUGUAUCGAUCAAUAAGGUCAUUGAUUAGCUAGGAAGUCCACACACCUGGUUUUCAGGUCUAUAUCUGACAAAUUUUAAAGGAAAUAAAUAAAACCUGAAGACACUGUGGCCCCACUGCAUGGAUCUGAAAUGAUUGGAUCAUUUUACACAAUAUGCUUACCCUAUGAGAGGGCAAGGUGGAGAAACAGAAUCCAGGAGCUAGGGGCCAGAGGUUGAUUUGGAACUGGGCCUGUAUGUUCUCUCAAGGGCACAAAAAGUCCUAUUUUAAUCGUACCUAUUUACCUAUACCUAUCCAAUUCAUUAAGAUCCACCACGCAAGUGUCUAGGGUGUAGAGGCCAGAGGUCGAUUUGGAAUUGGGGAUGUGUGUCCUUUGAAGGGGGCAGAAAGUGUGUCCUUUGAAGGGAGCAGAAAGUGUGUCCUUUAAAGGAGGCAGAAAGUGACCAAAUGUGAACUGUGUCCUCUCUCAGGGGGAAUGCAGAGGAAAUUGUCGGUGGCAAUCGCAUUCGUGGGAGGGUCCAACAUCGUCAUCCUGGAUGAACCCACAGCGGGGGUGGACCCAUACGCCCGGAGGGGGAUAUGGGAACUACUGUUGAAGUACAAACAAGGUAUGGGAUCUGUCGGU